AUGUUCUCUGCUAUCAUUUUGUUUUCACUGCUUUCCUUUGUGGCCGCUCAGCUUUCUGGUCCGGUCGGACCAAUCACACCACUGUCGGAAAAGUCAAAUAUAUGUAAUGUUCUUGAUUUUGGAGGAGAAAUCGGUUCGAGCGAUAUAGGACCUGCUAUUCAAUCUGCAUAUAACAAUUGUGUGUUGACCAACUCCAGUGCAUCGACUCUCUAUGUUCCCGAUGGUGAUUACGACAUGCAGACGUGGGUUACCCUCAGCGGUGGGACGAAAUGGGCUUUCAGGCUUGAUGGCCUCAUCACACGCACCUCCACGACGACUGGGAACAUGAUCGUCGUUGAGAACGCGAACGACUUUGAGUUUUAUUCUGCAAACUCAGCUGGUGGAAUUCAAGGUGCCGGAUAUCAAUGUCGCAAUGACGGUCCUCGCUUGAUUCGCAUGGUCACGUCAACUCGCUGGUCUUUGCAUGAUCUCAUUUUGGUGGACUCUCCUGAAUUCCAUCUUGUCGUUCAAGACGGCUCCGGAGGAGAAGUCUAUAAUCUAGCUAUUCGGGGUGCUGAUAUUGGUGGCUCUGACGGUGUCGAUGUUUGGGGAGACAACUACUGGAUCCACGAUGUUGAAGUGACUAAUCGCGAUGAAUGUGUCACCGUGAAAUCACCCGCGUCCAAUAUUUUGGUUGAACGUAGGGGAAGUGCUAUGGGUAGCUUGGCAAUAAACACGAGCAUCGAGAAUAUACUCUAUCAGUAUGUCUACACAGUAGGUGGAAAUCAGGCAUACAUGAUCAAAGGCAACGGUGGUUCUGGGACCGUCACCAAUGUGAUCUUCCAGAACUUCCUUUCUCGUGAUACCGCCUACGGCCUCGAUGUCAAUGAAUAUUGGGCUUCUAUGUCUACACUCGCGGGAGAUGGUGUGACGUUGUAUAACAUCACAUUUAAGAAUUGGGAUGGCAACGUAGCCGAUGGAGUUGAACGCUCCCCCAUCCAGAUCCUGUGCGCUGAUACCGCACCGUGCUAUGAUAUAUACUUAGAGGACGUCUACAUGUGGUCGUUAACGGACGAGGCGACGUGGAAAUGCGAAUCGGCAUAUGGCAGUGGCGCAUGCCUAGAAUCCGGCACCGAAUACACAAGCUAUGCAGUGCAGACGACAUCUUACACCCAACCAACUGGGUAUACGACGCCUACCACUAUGACUGGAGACCUGACCACGGGAUUUGGCAGCACCGCACCAAUUCCGACACCGACAAUUCCGACUAUGUUCUACCCGGGAUUGCCGCAGAUUUCGCCUUUGAUGAAGAAUCAGUAG